CCCCGCCAGUACCGCAAGAGCAACUACACCAUGAUUGGAAUCUUGUGCAUGAGCAUCAUCAGCUCGUUCCUUAUGAAGGCUCUUCUUGCGUACUUUGGUAACCCAGCCAGCAGCAAGCUUCAGUCCGACUCGGCCAGCGAGUUUGAGGAUGGUGCAGCUCGACGAGAGGGUCAGGAGCGCGGUUUCCGAUCUCUUCCCUGGAAGAAGUCGAACCGUACCUAAGUUCAUCUAGAACUCUCCGGAUUCGCUCGUCUGGAUCGCAUCUUCAACAGUCACCCAGCUCGACGAUUCCUGGCGCAUUGCAGCUGCCGGUAGCCCAACCUCUUGGUCCAGCUGCAUGUAAAAACAUGGCAUUAUACUAAUAAUAUGCCCAACAUUCACUUCUUACAUCCAUCCGACCAGGGUCCAUCGUUUCGCUCUCGAGGCGUCGUCCUAUUCGAACACGGUACUCCUACCACUAUGCGACGGCUUCGACAACGAUUUGCUUCUCGGAGGAUACCCUGACUUUGCGAAGAGCGUGAUGACAAUGCUUCAGCGCUAUCUUCACGCUCCCCUCGCCAAGCCAGACCGUCCUCCCAGCAUUCAUAACCCCAUCGGACUAUUCUGACAUUUUAUCUUUUCCCUUGAUGUGCACGUCUUUGUUUUUGUUUUUUAUUAUGAUACCCCAUCAGCGUUUGUACACGCUGUCCUACGAGUUUACCCCUCUUGAUUCCCUCGGCAGCGAAAGUGCUUCUACGCCAUCGCUUUGCGGAUAGUGUGUUGAACCAGAGCUCGCGGCGACAAUGCUUGCUACGCUAUCGUUUCGCGAGCUCUGUGGGCGUUUUGUGUCUUUUUGGAAAUGGUUGGGUGGAAAGGUUGAAGCUUGGUUAGAGAGAUGUUAACUAUUAUGAGUUCUUAUUCUAUACCGGUUAGGAUAUAAUACACAAGAACCGUUGCUCUCCCA